AUGGCAUUGAGUCAAACAAUUAUCCAACCAAUCGUCCCAUCUCACCAAGAGUUAAACCCCGAAGUGGGAGUCGAAUUAAAUAAUGAGGUUCAACAAAAUUUUCAAAAUUUACAAAACAAUAGUUAUGUAUACUCAGCUAUAUCUAACUAUAAACAGGAAAACAGAUAUUUAGCGCAAUUGAGAAAUAUUUCUUUGGAAUUGAAUUCAUUAUUGACGCUUUAUAUUAAUGAAGCUAUUUCAUUUAAACCACAAUUAUGCCAAGAGGUGCCCUCUUGUAAUUAUGCCAGCUUGAAAAGUCAGUUUAUUGAUUUUACCGGAACUACAAUCAGAAGAAAUAAAUCAAAAUUAUAUUAUCUGCCAACAAAUAUGUGUGAUGAGAUACAACAAUUAAAUCCUUCUAUACCUACAAAUGCAAAAAAUGACUUCAAUACAAUUUAUAAUAAAAAGAGAGCGCCAAUUAAUAAUGCCAAAAUUAACUAUUAUAAGAAUAGAUUAAUUACUGAAUUAGAUUAUGAAAAUCUAGACAGAGUGGAAAUUGCUUGUUUUUUUAUUGCUUUCAGUGCUUUGAAUUCCUAUCUCUACUUGGAAACUGAUGAAAAUAUCACCGAGGAUAAUAAUAAGCAUUCAAGAACUAAUGUCCAAAAUGGAAUUGAUGAAGAUCAAAAAUCAAAAUCAAAAUCUAGGAAACUUAAGGGUAAAAAUAGUCAUUCAAGUUCAAGCAGAAAUUCAACGAAUGAAACAAAUGAAAAUUAUGAUGAUGAAUUUUUAUCUUCAUUUGAUGGCGUCAAGAAUUGUAUAAAAAAAGGUUAUAUAAUAGGUUUCAGGGAAUUAGGGUUCUUAGUUGGAAUUACACCUUGGCAUUUCCAUAGGGUCUUCAAAACUGUCACAGGGGUAACAAUUAGAGAAUAUGGUCAAUUAUGUGUCGAUUUUAUUAAACUAAAUGAAAAACUAAUAAACGAUUAUAAGUUGAAGAUGAACGAUCUAAAACUUCGAUACCUUGCCAGUUCUUCAACAGCCAUUGAUGAAAUCAAAAGUUUCUUAUUUUAUCCAAUUGAUUAUGUCACUGAGCUAAAUUUUUUCCAUGUUGUUGAAUGCUUUAAGAGUGACAUCUCCCAAGUGUAUAAAAAUUUUAUUACAUUGGUGAGACUCAACACUUUUGAAAAUACGGUAAACGUUAACUUAAUAAAUAAUAAUAUUCAAACUAUAUUUGACACUGAAUAUUUCAUUGAUCCAACGAAAUCAAAAGAAUUCAAAAAAUCAAAGCUAGAGAGAUCAAAACAGUCACCAGAUUGCGACGGCUCCUCUACGGUGUAUCAGGAAAGUUCUCAUAAUAAAAAAACUAGGCUAAAUAACGAAGUCAGAAAACAAAGAAGUCUGGUAAUGAAUGGUAGAAUCAAAGUUGCAUUCGAUACUCUUUUAAAUUUGAGGGAUAUUUUCAGUUUCUUAUCUAUCAAUAAUGUCAGCGACGAAAUUCCAAAUUUUAAUCAAGAAUUCAAUUUUGCUCCUGUUACAAAUGGAAUGAACACAGGAAACUUCACUAACACAGCACCAAGUUUACCAGAGGCAUUCAAUGAAACAGAUCCUUCAGAUGGAUCCAAUAAAUAUGCUUUGGAUACUACAUCCUUGGAGUCACCAUGCUUUGAAUCUUUCCCACCAUCUGAAGAGUUACACGAUCUCUCUUCAAGCCCUUAUACUUAUAAUAGCUUAAAGACCAAUAAUAUCAAAAACCAACUCCAUGCUUCCUCUUCUUCAAGUUUACUGGCAACUCCUAAAAAGAGUAAUGGAAAAGUGACCAAGAGAAAGUGUCAAUCAGCUGGAAAUACUAAUGGGGUUCUUUACAACCAAAUGCAAAAGAACAGUUUUGAAAGAAAAAAAUCAAGUGUUGUCUCAAGUCCAAUUAGAAUUAAAGAAGAAGAAUUGUCCGAUGAGCAAUGUGCAAGAGAUAUUAUUAAUAAUUUCUCAUUAGAUCAAAAAUUCUUUAACCUCAACAAUCUUGACGAUGAUUUAUUGGUUAAGCCAAUCGAGAAGAAUAUAACUGAAGAUAAUGAUCAAAGUCUCCAAACAAGAAAGGACCAAGGGAAUAAUGAAGUACAAAAUUGUAAUGAGAGCUUCGAGAGUAAAAAUAUAACAUUAACCUCAGCUGAAGAUCUAGGUCCUAUUUUAUCUCUAUCUAGUGAAAACUCCGCUUCAUUUGAUUGUCUUAACAAUGUCAAUGACUUGGGAGAGUUAACGUUAGAUAAUGAUUUAUUAUUGAACAAUUUCAAUUUGAACCAAUUUGAAAAUGAUCUAAGCUAUUCCAACGAUUUUGAGUACCCCUUUGGCAAUGAUUCAAAUGAGUAG